UCACGGAAUUCCGUUGCGUCGCCCCAGAGUAGAGGUUUAAAAAAAUAACCCAGAAUAACAAAAGACAUAAACACGUUAUGGUAAAAACAAAAUUAUCAAAGCUAUAUGUUUUUCUAUGGAGUCGAAUAUAUUUAAGUUAGUAAAAUAAGCAAAAUGAGUGAUAAUAUAAAGGUGGUUGUCAAAGUUCGGCCUCUUAUUUCUCGCGAAAUAGAAGAAAAACUAAACUACCAAUGGCGCGUACAAAAUAAUACACUUUACCAAAUCGACCAAAGCGGUAGGGAUUGCGGUCCAUCGUUUACAUUUGACAAAGUUUAUGAUAAGGACACGAAAACAAAUGAUGUAUAUCAUGAUAUUGCCAAACCCAUUGUGGAGGCAGCAACUGCCGGCUUCAAUGGUACUAUAUUUGCAUAUGGACAGACAUCCUCUGGUAAAACUUAUACCAUGACAGGCACUGAAGAAUCUCCAGGGAUUAUCCCGCUAGCUGUAUUAAAUUUAUUUGAUAUUAUUAAAAAUAUUCCUGACAGAGAUUUUCUUAUAAGAGUCUCAUAUGUAGAAAUAUAUAAUGAAACAUUAACAGACUUGCUUAGCGCUGACAAAAAAGUUGUUAAGAUACAAGAAACAAUACAAGGUAUAAAAGUUGAUGCGACAGAAAAAGUAACAACUUCUCCAGAUGAGGUGCUCGAUAUCAUGAUGCAGGGCAAAGCAAACAGACAAACAGCAUCAACAAAUAUGAAUGAUGAAAGUAGUAGAUCUCAUUCAAUAUUCCAAAUUACAAUAGAAUCUCGUGAGCACAUAGAGGGCGAGGAAGAAGUGGGUUCUGUACAUGUGUCCCAACUGAAUCUCGUAGAUUUGGCUGGCUCGGAGCGCGCGGGACAGACAGGCGCGACAGGACUGCGGUUUAAAGAGGGCACUCAUAUCAAUAAGUCCCUGUCGGCUCUAGCUUUAGUUAUAAAACAACUGUCGGAGGACCAGAACAAACACGUGAAUUACCGCGACAGUAAAUUGACGCGGAUCUUGCAAAACUCACUUGGUGGCAAUGCCAAAACGAGUAUAAUAUGUGCUGUGACACCCGCUAGUGUAGAAGAAACUAUAUCCACAUUACAAUUUGCAAAUAGAGCUAAAGCAAUUAAAAAUACACCUGCCGUGAAUGCGGUUGCAACCAACACAAGUAUGAUACAAAACUUAACGAAGCAGUUAUGCAUGUUAAAGACUGCGCUGGAAAAUAAGAAGAAUGUAGAGCAAGAUAACUGCAACCUCCAAAAGCAAAUAGCGAACCUACAGAAGCUAAUUAUAAACGGUUUCCACCAAAGAAGUAGUACGGAUUUAAUAACGGGAGCUCGGAGGAAGCUGCACCAGCCGAGGCGAAUAACAAUAUCAACAUUGCAUCCCAUACAAGAAGACACUGUACCUAGUAACAUUCCUAAAUUCUGUACGCCGAGUUUAAAGUACAAUCCAUUACACAUACCAAGCAGUUCCGAUUUUACACCCAUAAGUGGAACAGCAUCUCUGUCCAGCCUUCAAGAGGAAACUCCAAGACUAGUGACACAGCCUCUCACGGAAAAAAAAGUUAAUUUUACCGAAGAAAUUAUAAAUUUAGAUAGUGACGACGAGAAUACUCCAGAGGUACCUUGUUCGCCUUAUCAUAAAUGCUACGAGUCAUCUAAAACUCCACCGUGCGUAUUACGAAAGCACGCUAAACAAGCCGAGAAGAAUCUAAAAGAAAUUGUUGAAUUGACUGAAAGAGAGAAGCAGUAUUCUCCUAGUGUGGUUGAAUUAUUGGAAAAACUUGAAGAGAAAUCCUUAGCUUUAACUAAACUAGAUGACAAUUUAGUUGCAUUAAAUGCAUUAUGUAGAGAAAAAGAUAGUGAGAUAGAAAAUUUAAAAAAUAAAAUCAGUUUAGCAGAAGGUGAAAUACAAAGUAUUAGUACUGAUAAGGGCGAUUUAACAGUUCGCUGUAAAGAGUAUCAAAGCAAAUUGACGGACUGGGAGGUCAGUUACGAGACUUUAUUGAAAAAAUAUAAAACUAGAGAAAAGGAACUCCUGUCGCUUCUGGAAGAACAGAAUUCUAGGCAAAGUUCUAAUACAAAUGGUACAAUGGGUUCCCAACAUAACGAUAAAAUAAUAAAGGUAAAUGAGGAAACAAUACAAAAAAAUAAUGUAAACUCUGAGAAUGAUUUAAUGGUGAAAACUUUGAGUGAUACAAUUAGCGAAUUACAGACGCAACUCACGUUCAAAGAACAAACAAUAUUAGAAUUACAGGCUGCUGUAACAGCACAAAAAGACAAGGUUGAUACUAUCGAAAACGUUAACAAGGAACUCAAUGAAAUGCUCACAAAUUAUAGACAAAAUAUUUUAAUAUUAGAAAAUGAGAACGCUAUUUUUGCAUCCAAAGUUAAAGACCUAUCGUCCAUUAUUGAAACUCAAAAGGCAGAAAUUAAAUCUGCUUCUGCUGAUGUAGAUUCCUAUAAUAGUGUAAUUCAAGAAUUACAAAUCAAAUUAGCUGAUAAUGUUUUUACGAAGAAAAAGAUUGUGGAAGAUAGUGAUAUAGAAACAAUGAUAGAAAAUGAAGAAAUGUUUAUUGCUAGCAACGAAAAUAUGAAAAACUUAAUUCAAACAUUGAAGUCUGCAUUGGAUUUGAAGUCUGAAGAACUAAAGAAGCUGAAAUUAGAAAAUUCUAAACAUAAUUCCUCUGACAUAGAAAACUCUAAAGUCGAAUUGAGUAUGCUCCAAGAAGAAAUUGACAGGCUCAAAAAUAAACUUGAUGAUAAUGAGAAAGUUAUUGAAGACCUCUGUAAUGAAAAAACUAAAUUUGCUUCUACAGAACAAGACCUUUUAGACAAACUAUCGGAAGUUAAAAAUUAUCAAGAUAAUUUACAAAAACUUAAUUUGGAAAGUGAAAUGGAAUUGCAAAGCCUAAAAGACCUUUAUAAUCAACUGUAUUCUGAGGGAUUGGCUGCAAAAGAAAAAUUCCAAAUACGUGAAAAAGAACUAAAUGUCGAAAUCGAAACCAAGUCGCAAAGAAUAACCUCUCUUGAGAAUGACAUUAAAAGUAAGGAUCAACUUAUUACUUCGCUUAACGCUGAGGAUAAUAAAUCGCAAGAGAAUUUAUAUGCUGCAAGACAAUCUUUAAACAAGCUACAGGAAAUUAUAAUAAUGUUAACAGGAAAUAUACAAGAAGUUCCAGAUAUUAUUGAUAACUUUGUCGGAGUAUUUAAAAUACUGAGUGACAAAUUAGCCUUAUUAGAAACAAUAGUUCAAGAUAGUUUAGAAGAAAGGAAAAAAUAUCACGUUUUAAUAGAAGACUACGAAGUUCAAAUAUCCAAACUUAAACAAACAUUAAAUGAUUCCUUUGAAAGUCUAGAUCAAGUAACAAGUGAUUUCAAAGGCUUUGUAGCCCCAGAAGCGAGUGAAUAUCCUACUAAUGAUCUACAGAGCAAAAUUAAAAGUUAUAUCAACACAUUGAAAGACAUGCAGUGUAAUCUAAUUCAGAACCUAGAUGAGAAAAAUGCAGAAAUAAGUAAAAUAUCCUCUGAUCUUAAUAACAAAGAAUUAGAAUUACAUUCUAAAUCUACUGAACUAUCUUCUGUAUCUAAGGAAAUUGCAAAAAUAAUAGAUGAAAGGGAAAACUUAUUAAAUACUAUUUGUACUCAACUACAUAAUAUAAUAUCUGAAUUCAGUAUAGUCCCUUGUGAGAUUAACAACGAUUCCUAUAAAUCUGAAAUAAUUAAUUUUAUGAUUGGUAAGAUAUCAAAUUAUAUACGAACCAUGGUUUUAGAAAACAAUGAAAAAAUAGACAAUGUUGAUAUUAUUUUGGCUCAAGCUAAAAAAGAUAUAUCUGAACUUACUGACCAAAAUCUUAAAUUAAGCAAUGAUAUAUCACAAGUAGAAUUUGAAAAGAAUGCUUUAACAAAAGAAAUUGAAACAAUUCAUGAUGUUAAACAAAGAUUAGUGAAUGAUUUAAAUCGUAGUGAUACAUUAUUAAAUGAGCUUAGAAAAGAGCUUCAAACAAAAGUAAGUGAAAUAGAAAUCAUUGAAAAUAGAGCAAAAGAUUGGAAUGAACAAUUCUUAAAUGUUGAUGCUUUAAUGAAACGUCAAGUAAGUGAGCUUGAAUUUGAAAAUGAAAAUCUAAGAGAAGAAUUGGAUAGAAAAUCAAGUAAACCGUAUUUAAAUAACUCUUAUCUUAACGGAAGUAAUAAAGAAAAGUCGGAAAAUGAAAUUGAAUUAAUUUCCCCUCCUAGUCUCCUUACAAUUUGCUGUAAUAGAAUAGUGGAAGCAAUUCAACCAUAUGAAAAUGAUGAAUGCACUAGUGCUACCAGUUCGCAAAUGUACAAUUCAGAUUUUCAAAGUGAUUAUAAAUAUAGUCAGUUACAAUCUGAUAUUGAAAUGCUACACUGUGAAAAUACUAAACUAAAACAGAAAAUUGAAAAUCUUGAAAAUUUUAAUAAGCAUUUAAUAGAAGAGCAGGAAGAGGCUCGCAAUGAAAUACGUUUGCUUUUGGAAUCCGCAUGUGAAUUGCAGAAAAAAGUAACAAGUCAUAGAACCAACCUGUCUACUUUAACAGCAACCACAUAUGCGGAAAAUAAAUCACUCAGCUCACAGCUUAAAUUUCUUCAAUACUAUCACAGUUUGUUUUAUAAAGCGUGCCAAAAAGACAUUCCAGAGUUUAAGAGACAAUUGCAGGACCUUAUGAUACUAUUGAAAUCGGAUCAUUCGCCACGUCCGAAUGAUAGUUUAAGAAGAUUUUCAUUGCCAAACGCAUUAGAGAACAGUAUGAUUCAAACAUCAUUAAAAUAUGAAUCCCUUUUGGAUGGUGAUCUCCUCAUGUUAGAUACCAACAUAACUCUAACUACAUGUGAUAAUACAUUAACAGGACAUGAUCAAACAUGUUUCGAUGUUACACAAGGCUGUAAUGAAGUAGCUUGUCAAACAAACAAUGGUAAUGAUUUACAGGUUCCAUACAUGGACCUCAAUGCAAAGCAAAGUAUAAUGGAAAGUCUGGAAUCUUUGAAAGUUGAAAAUGAUAAGUUACGAACUAUGGUAGAUGACUACCAACAGAACAAACCUAAUCUUGUCGACUCACAAAACAGUCCUUUUAAUAGUCCAAAUAAAGUAUAUAGUAACCUUUCCUGUGAGAAAUGUUUGGAGUAUGAGGAAAAACUAAAAGCUCAAAUCGAAACUUUAAAUGAAAAAGACCUGCUUGUACGAAAAUUGACUGAAUUAACAGCACAAAAAGAUGAAUUAGAAGCAAAAUACAAUAAUUUGAAACUAGAAAUUCCUUCUACUGAUGCAUUAGUAGUUAAAUUGAAAAAUUUAGAAAAAGACCAUAAUUUAAAAACGGUUGAAAUUGAUAAACUUAAAAUAGCUCUAAGUAAGAAAAAUGAAGACAUAAAAAAUUUACAAGAUGAAAAUGAUUCCUUGUCUAAUCAAGUAAUGGAAAAUAUAGAUGAAGGUGAUAAUUUAAGAAAAGAAAUUGAUUGUUUAAAGCAUAAUAACACGGAAUUGACCAAUAAAAUCACAGAAUUGGAAAACCUGCAAUCAGAAUGUGAAAAACAAAAAGAGAUAUGCCCAGAAUGUAUUCUAAAAGAUGAAACCAUCAGUUCAUUACAAAGUAAACUGGUUGCUGAACCUCACAAACGUUUAAGUAGAAGUUACAGUGAUUCAGAUAGUUCAUCAAGCUAUAAUAAAAUUUGUACACUUCAAAAUGAGCUGCAUGCAGGAAGAGAGGAUUGUAAUGAAUUGAAGAAUGAAGUUACCAAUAUUAAAAAUCAUUUAGAAAGGAGCAAUAGAUCUAUUGACCAAGCUAUGGAUAUAGAUGAAAGUAUAGGUGAUUCCCAAUCAUUCACUUGUAAUAAAGAAUGUAAUGAUGAUAGUCUAUUCGAUAAGUCUAAUAUGCCAGAUAUACCCGAAGAGCGUCCGUCAGAUUUAUAUUCUUUAGAUAAAAUCGAUUGUGUUAAUUACUGCGUUGAAAAAAUUGGUGCCGACAGAGAAAACUUCAAUUGCGAUACGAAAAUAAUUGAAAUGAUGAGAAUGCUUUAUGAUAAACUUAUCACUAAGCAUAGUAAUGAGAUCGAAAACUUAGUUAAUAAACUAAGAGACUUUGAAGAAUCAAAGAAUUCGUUAGAAACAAAAUUAAGUUAUGUUACAGCUAGUCAAACAAAAUUAAACAAAGAUUUAGAAGAGAAAGAUAUGUAUCUCAAAACAAUGGCUAAAAUCGUUUCUCAAAUUAAGAACAAUCUUUCUUUUAUCAAUAAUACAACUAAGGACUCAGAUAUACUGGAAACAAUUGAUUAUUUUAAAGACAAUUUUUUCACUGUUAUUGAUAAAGAGUUUGGUUUGGCUAGUCUAGAAGUAUUCGAAACUGUUUUAAAACUAAUCAAAGAAAAAUAUAAUUUAGAUUCUACAAAAUUAUUAGACGAGAAUAAAUCGUUACAAGAUCAAGCUACUAAGAUAUCUGAAGAGUUUAAACAAGUUAGCUCUCAUUUUAGUCUUCUAAAGAAUCAAUUAGCAGAAAAAGAAAACGACUACAAUCUUCUUACAAAACAGAAAGAAAGCAUGUUCGAGAUAAAUAAUGCUGUUACAUUGAGUUUAGUAAAAAAAGAGGAUGAGCUUCGAACAUUGGUUAGAAAUGUUUAUCAGAAACUAUUAGACAAAAAAGUUAUUCACGCGGAAGUAAUUGAUAUGAAUCUACCAACAUCCGAAAUAUUACCUAUUUUAUUCGAUUUUAUAUUACAAAAAGAUAUUAACACCACAAAUAAUGAGCAAAGGGAUAAUCUUAUGGUUGAAAUAAAUGAAUUGAAAUCAUUACUCGAGGAAAAGAACAAACAGUUACAUUCCUUCAAAGAAGAACAUGAAAAACUUAAGGAAAUGCAUAAUGAAACAAACAAGACAUUAGUUGGUAAAGAAGAUCAAAUUAAACAACUAGGAUCAAUACACGAAUCUCUUAAAGACAUAUAUGAAAAGAAACUUGAAGAAAAUGAGGCGAAUAUAGUAAUAAUUAGCAAACUUACGGAUGAAGUUAAAAUACUUAAAGAAAAUAUUGAAAGAAAGGAGAGCGCUAUUCAGGUAUUAGAGACACAAUUACAAACUGAAAAAGAAAUGAAAAAUUCGCAUAAUGAUAGCACAUUAUUAGAAAUGACUGAAAAAGUACAAAAAUAUACUGAGGAAUUGGAAAUUUUGAAAUCUGCUAACCAAGUUCUAUUGCAAGAAAAAGAAACAUCAUCUAACGAGUUACAGAAAGCGAAUAAUAUUAUAAAACAGAACAAACUAGAAAUGCAGAAAAUGAUGUCUGAUGUGUUGAUUUUGAAAGAAUCUGUUGAUCAAAAUUCAAACGUUUUGGAGAAUUUAAGGCUGGAGUCUAAAACAUUGCUUGAGCAAAAUGGAUCACUAAAGGAACAAAUCCAAGACAAGACGAAAGAAUGUUCACGUCUCGAAAUGAAUAUUAAGACGCACCAAAAAACAGCAGAAAUUCAGAGCAAAAUGAUUAUCAGGCUCCAGAAAGAAAAGGCGCAAGUGGAAACAGAAAACUGUGAACAUAAGAAACAAUUAGAGGAAUUAUCACGGAAGUUAAACGAAAUUCAACAUGAUAAGGACCAGAAUAAAGCACAUGUUGAAGAAAUUGAAUCUCUGAAAAACAUUAAACAAAGUCUUGAGGAGCGUGUUUCGGAAUUAGAGGUGGAAAUACAGAAGGCCAGAUCGUCCACAGAGGCGGGAGAAUCUUCUAGGAGCCGGCGACAAAGCUUGUACGAUUCAAUGCGGAUGUUCUCUGAUAAUAGUGAAGAUCAAAAGAAAAUAGAAGCUGUAUUCAAAUCUCGAGUCAAAUGCGAUGAGCUGUUUAUGGACGUGGACGAUAGUUCCAGUAGGAGCACACCCGUACGAUUGAGUAAAGGGCGCGAGAGCUUAGCGUCGCGACACGAACAGAGCGAAGAAGAAGGAUCUCGGGCCAGCAGCGUGCAAGCGUCUCGGCGUCGUCGGCAGAGCAUACACGACGCGCACAGGAGUGUUAGUGCUCUCGAAACAUCCCGUCGACUCAGUGUUGAUCGUAACAACGAAUCAUCUGGCACUGAUACUAACAGGUACCAACGUCUACGACACAAUGUAUUACCAUUUAUAUUAUAUACUUUCAGUGAAUUAUCGAAACUGCGUAAACAACUAGCGGUAUGUCAAGAGGAACUCGAGGAUCUGCGCGAUAAGUACAACGAUCUGGACCAAGAGUGCGAAACGUGCGCGGAGUACUUGAGGGAGAGGGACGAUGAGUGCAGGCGGCUUGUUAGGGAGAAACGGGAGAUGGAGAGCGCGAUUCUGGAGUUAAAACAACAAAUACAAAAGAGCAAUCCAAACGCCGUCCUCAAGAAUGGUUCCGUCGAUGCGGCGGUCAAUACGGAUGAGGAUUGGGCGAAUCUACACUCUGUGGUAGUGGACAGAAUGUCUUACGACGCGGAAGUCGAGAAAAACAAGAAAUUAACUAAAUGCAUAGAGGAGCUACGAUACAAGAAACAAGAGCUGAAGAACACUAUGAGCAAGAUGCAGAAGGCCCUAGAAAAACAUUCGCAUAAAGAGAUAGAAGCGUUAAAAUCAGAGCUAGAGCACGUAAACUCAGAGUUGUCUCGUGUCCGAGAGCGAUGUCGGGAACUGGACGAGGAGUGCGACACGUGCGCGGAGUAUCUCAAGGAGCGGGACGAACAGUGUCAGAGACUUAAAGAGGCUAAGACUGUGUUGGAGAAUGAAAACUUACAAUUGAGACAAAAAGUUCACAAUGCCAGUCUUAAGGCAGCCAACAGAGUGGAUACAGCAGUCAAUACUGAUGAAGACUCGGCAAAAUUACAUUCUGCAAUGUUGUCUUAUGAGGCAGAAGUGGACAAAAACAAAAAGUUAACGAAACUCGUAGAAGAGCUGCGCCAUAAGAAACAAGAAUUGAAAAUUACCAUUAACAAAAUGCAGAAGACUAUUGAUAAAAAUGCGCACAUGGUCAAGGAAUUAGAAGCGACAAAGUCUGAGCUAGAUCGUGUCAACAAGGAGCUUUCGAGUGUCCGAGAGCGAUGUCGGGAACUGGACGAGGAGUGCGACACGUGCGCGGAGUAUCUCAAGGAGCGGGACGAACAGUGUCAGAGACUUAAAGAGGCUAAGACUUCGCUUGAGAUGAAACUACUGGAAUACCAAGAGAGCAGUCUCAGUAUGUCGGUACGCAAGAAGCGGCGGCAGACGUUGCACGAUCAGAACCGCCGGCCCGACGCCGAUAGAGUCGAUGUGGCGACGGAGACUAGUGACGAUUUCCUGAGUUAUCAAGUGGAAAAAGACGAAACAUCCAAAAAGUCGAACGAGAGACAUGCUGAGGAGUUGAAGCGACUUAGAAUUGCGCUCGAGAGGCUGUCCCAACAGAAGACAUUGCUGGAACAACAGUUGGCAGUUACAUCGGCUGCUGCACCGCUCUACGUGGCCACGGGAAGCGCUAUUGUGCAGAAUCAACAAUUUGCUGACGUGAUGAAAGAGAAUCAAAAAUUGAAGAAGAUUAACGCAAAAUUAGUGAGAAUAUGCAAGAAAGGCAAACCGAGUAACACUAACCAAGAGAACGAGGAUCCCGCUGACGAUAACAACUAAUAAAUAAUAUUGCUAUUAACAAUAAUAAUGAUGAUUAUUUAUUAUCUAUCUAGUUUCAAUCAGAAGCUGGUCUUUUGUUUGUUUUUUUUUUCAGUAGAGGAUAGAUUUUAAUUUUUGUGCAAUUUAAAUGAUUAUUUUAUGAAGAAUAAUUUUGUGUCGACGAAUUCAAUUAUUUAUAUUUUAUUAUCAGUAAGAGGCCAGCGUUUUGUUCUUUUUUUUGUGACCGAUUAAGACUGAAAUAGCACAGCAUUCCGAGAGCAUUUGUGAUUGUAUAGUGAGUGAAACAACGAUUGGUGCCAUUUUAUAGAACAAAUUCUUUGAUUGUAUGCCUGGCUUCGAAGUAUAUUUAUAUAAAACUUUAAUAAGCAGUAUUAUGAUUAUGCUUGUACUUAAUAAUGUGAUAACUAUAGGUUUAUUUUUGAUUAACCUAAUACGUAUCUAGUUUUUCAACACUUAUAAGAAAAUGCACAAAUGACUAAUUUACCAAAUAUCGUUAAUGUUUGACAAUUGUUUUGUAAGAAUGGUUGUAAUAAAUUGAUAUGGUGCCUAUAUUAUAAUAAUUCAAUAAAUUAAUUAAUUUUUGUA